GCAGAUCUUUUUUGAGCAGCUAUUGCCACUGAAUCGAAGAACGUGAUGCCGCAAUCAGUUUCCUUGUCCUCGCGCGCACGUUCGGCUACACAAGCUCGUAGUCAUAGCAGUCAAUGCAAAAGCGAAGACGGGACAUAAAUACAAAUCGAUCGAUCGGUCGAACAGAGGAACACUUGCAUGUGCUCCGUUUCAAUAGCGGCGUUUAUGAACAGCAACAGCCAGAUCUCCAGCUCCGUCCAGCUUUCAAUUCCUGUCUCUUUUUGAGUCCCUUUUCCCGCGACUUGUUCGUUUCCCGCUAAAUACCGUACACUGUUCACUCCUCACGGGAGCAAACCGAGCUGAGAGGGGGACCAGGUGGCCGCCAUUGUCUCGUCGUCGCAAUGGCGUCGUCGUCCCCUCGCCGGCUCGGGUUCUUGCCCACCCUCGUGUGUGCCAUUGCCGUGUCGGUGUGUUGUGUUGCCGGCGGUGGACGGGAGCGCGGGCCGAUCACCAGCAAUGGCGGGAACUACACCAAGGUGUGCGACCCGGCGAGGUUCGCGGCGGCGGGGCUCGACAUGGCGGGCUUCCCGUACUGCGACGCGUCGCUGCCGUACGCGGACCGGGUGCGGGACCUCAUCGGGCGGAUGACGCUGGAGGAGAAGGUGAGCAACCUCGGCGACCGGGCGGCGGGGGCGGCGCGGGUCGGGCUGCCCGGGUACCUGUGGUGGGGGGAGGCGCUGCACGGCGUGUCGGACGUCGGCCCCGGCGGGACGUGGUUCGGCGACGUGGUGCCUGGGGCCACCAGCUUCCCGCUCGUCAUCAACGCCGGCGCGGCGUUCAACGAGACGCUGUGGCGCGCCAUCGGCGGCGUGGUGUCGACGGAGGUCAGGGCCAUGUACAACCUGGGGCACGCCGAGCUCACGUACUGGAGCCCCAACAUCAACGUCGUGCGCGACCCGCGGUGGGGCCGCGCCAGCGAGACCCCCGGCGAGGACCCCUUCGUCGUCGGCCGGUACGCCGUCAGCUUCGUCCGCGGGAUGCAGGACAUCGACAGCGCCGCCCCAACCGCCGCUGCCGCCGCCGGCGACCCGUUCUCCAGGCCCAUCAAGGUCUCCAGCUGCUGCAAGCACUACGCCGCGUACGACGUCGACGCGUGGAACGGCACCGACCGCCUGACGUUCGACGCGCGCGUCCAGGAGCGCGACAUGGUCGAGACGUUCGAGCGGCCGUUCCAGAUGUGCAUCCGCGACGGCGACGCCAGCUGCGUCAUGUGCUCCUACAACCGCAUCAAUGGCAUCCCAGCCUGCGCCGACACGCGCCUCCUGACGGAGACCGUCCGCCGCGACUGGCAGCUCCACGGCUACAUCGUCUCCGACUGCGACUCCGUCCGCGUCAUGGUCCGCGACGCCAAGUGGCUCGGCUACAACGGCGUGGAGGCCACCGCCGCCUCCAUGAAGGCCGGGCUGGACCUCGACUGCGGCAUGUUCUGGGAGGGCGUCCACGACUUCUUCACCACCUACGGCGUCGACGCCGUGCGGCAGGGGAAGCUGAAGGAGUCGUCGGUGGACAACGCCCUGAGCAACCUCUACCUGACGCUCAUGAGGCUCGGCUUCUUCGACGGCAUCCCGGAGCUGGAGUCCCUCGGCGCGGGCGACGUCUGCACCGAGGCGCACAUGGAGCUCGCCGCCGACGCCGCCAGGCAGGGCAUGGUGCUCCUCAAGAACGACGGCGCGUUGCUCCCAUUGUCGCCGGAGAAGGUUAACUCGGUGGCACUGGUCGGGCUGCUGGAACACAUCAAUGCCACCGACGUCAUGCUUGGAGACUACCGAGGUAAACCUUGCAGGGUGGUGACGCCGUACGACGGCGUACGGAAGGUUGCAAAUUCCGUGGUGCUCCAUGCGUGUGACAAGGGGGCGUCGUGCGACACGGCGGCGGCGGCGGCGGCGGUGAAGACGGUGGACGCGACCAUCGUCGUCGCCGGCCUCAACAUGAGCGUGGAGAGGGAGAGCAACGACCGGGAAGACCUCCUCCUGCCGUGGAACCAGGCCAGCUGGAUCAAGGCCGUCGCCGAGGCGUCGCCGAGCCCGAUCGUCCUCGUCGUCAUGUCCGCCGGCGGCGUCGACGUCUCCUUCGCCCAGGACAACCCCAAGAUCGGCGCCAUCGUUUGGGCCGGAUACCCCGGCGAGGAAGGCGGCACGGCCAUCGCCGACGUGCUCUUCGGCAAAUACAACCCAGGAGGAAGGCUGCCGCUGACGUGGUACAAGAACGAGUACGUGAGCAAGAUCCCGAUGACGUCCAUGGCUCUGCGGCCCGACGCCGAGCACGGCUACCCGGGCCGGACCUACAAGUUCUACGGCGGCGCCGACGUGCUCUACCCGUUCGGCCACGGCCUCAGCUACACCAACUUCACCUACGCGUCCGGCACCGCCGCCGCCGCUCCGGUGACGCUCAAGGUCGGCGCCUGGGAGUACUGCAAGCAGCUCACCUACAAGGCCGGGGUGACCUCGCCGGCGUGCCCGGCCGUCAACGUCGCCAGCCACGGGUGCCAGGAGGAGGUGAGCUUCACCGUCACGGUGGCCAACACGGGCGGCCGGGACGGCGCCCACGUCGUGACGGUGUACACCGUGCCGCCGGCCGAGGUGGACGACGCGCCGCUGAAGCAGUUGGUGGCGUUCACGAGGGUGCAGGUGCCGGCGGGCGCCGCCGUCGAGGUGCCGUUCGCGCUCAACGUCUGCAAGGCGUUCGCCAUCGUCGAGAAGACGGCGUACACCGUCGUGCCGUCGGGGGUCAGCAGGGUCCUUGUCGGAGACGACGCGCUGUCGCUGUCCUUCCCGGUUCAGAUCGACCUGGCAACAUCAUAGAUUCUUGGAAUUAUUCAAUUCUUGGAAUUCAUCCAUUGGAUUCUUUUUUACUGAGGGUAAAACUCGAAGCAAGUGUAAUUAGUUUACACCACGCUAAAGAGGAUCAAAAACACAAGCACAUUGCACCAUUGGGAAUUAAUUGGAAACAUUUUUUUUUUUACAUUUUUGUUCAAUGUAUCACUGUAUUACAGUGAUGGCAUAGUUAUUCACAACAAUGUUAGAAUCUUAUUCAAUAAUGCAGACCAAGCAUUAGCAGUGUUACAUCAUUAAUCGUUCGUA